AUGUCGUUGCUCUGCAUCUCUCUCGCCGCCGCUCCGAGCUACAGCAGCGCGGUGCCGCCUCGUGCAGGCUCAGCACUGCACGCCGCAACGGCUGGGCGCAGCCCUGCAGCAGUCGCUGUUGCCGGCCGGCGCGCGCUGCUCGACGCCGUGGCCGUCUCUGCGGCGGGAUCGAUUCUGGCCGGCCUUCCCUUGGCUGCGAGCGCGAGCGGCGGCGCGACGGCGGGAAAGUACACCACGAUCCCGGUCGCCAAGCGCCGCUACUUUGGGCGCGUCAAGCAGGGUGUGUUUGAGUUUCUCAACAUGGGCGGCGCGGUCGAGAAGGGCGACUUCAAGUCACAGCCCGUCACCGCCUUCUUUUCGCAGACAAUCGUGAGCACGUCGGCGAGGCAAAAGUCGGGCUGUGCGAUGUCAGACAACUGCAAGGUCAAGGAGGAGUACUCCUCGCGCUGGGAGGACCUGCAGCUCUCGAUGUUUCUGCUCGGCAACGCGUUUCGGCUCGACUCGGGCAAGCCGCCCGAGAAGGUGAAGCAGGUCAAGGAGGCCAAGGCCUUCUUCUCCGAGGUGGAGAAGCUGCAGCGGGCCAUGCGCCAGAACAACGCGGCUGAGGCCAAGGCGCGCUUCGCCUCGGCCACCAACGCGCUAGACGUGUACCUCAACGACGUCGAGCUGCCUCCGACAGUGGACGACGUCUACUCGAGCAAGGCGGACACUAAAGUGCCGUCGCUCUGCCAGGGCUCCUUCUGCGUCUGA